GCCAGCGCGCAUCCUUAUUUAUGUGAAGUGUUAAACGCAAGUUAUACGACCGCCGCGCCCCUACACAGUCCACGAACCGUGAUUUUAUACCACCAACGCGGACGUUAUAUUUCCCACCAUAUACAUACAUAUAUAAUAUACGAAACACGACGACAUGCCCGACACGCAGCACCCCCUCGACUUCACCUGCGCCCUCGUCACCGGCGGCGGCGGCGGCAUCGGCAAGGCCAUCGCGCAUUGGCUCGUCUCGCGCGGCAAAAAGGUGCUCCUCGCCGGCCGCACCGAGUCCAACCUGCGCGCCGCCGCCAAGGAGGUCGGCGCCGCGGGCUACUACGUGCUCGACACGGGCAGGACCGACGACAUGCCGCUGUUCGUGGAGCACUUGACGUCGGAGCACCCGGACCUCGACUGCCUCGUCAACAACGCGGGCGUGCAGCGGCCCCUGGAUGUGGCCAACGACGAUGUGAGCGACUUCCUCGCGCGUGCGGAUAACGAAAUCAACAUCAAUAUCCGCGGGCCGCUGCACCUGGCCAUGCUGCUGCUGCCGCACCUGCGCAACAAGAACAAGAAGAAUAACGGCGGCGGAACGGCCACCAUUGUCAACGUCUCGAGCGUGCUGGGCUUCGUGCCCUUUUCCAUCAUCAACCCCGUGUACAACGGCACCAAGGCGUGGCUGCACUUUUGGAGCAUGAACCUGCGCACGCAGCUCGCCCAGGCGGAGGGAGCCGCUGCCCCAGGCCAGCUGCGCCGCGUGCGCGUCGUGGAGAUUGCGCCGCCCAUGGUGGCGACGGACCUGCACCGCGAGCGCGAGGACCCCGACGACAACAAGAAGCACAAGAACGACAACACGCUGGCGGUGGAAGAGUUCAUGGACGAGGUGGCGCGCAAGUGGGAGGCGGGCGAGGAGAUGAUCACGGCGGGGCCGGGCAACGCCAUUGUUGGCAAGUGGUAUGAUGCGAUUGGGAAGCGGUACCCUGGUUGAGGGGCUGCGAUUGAUGGGGGUGGGAAAGGGCAUUUCUGGAAAGAAAGAAAAGAGGCUGGUGGUGGCUGGCUGGUGCUUCAUGUGCUCGGAUGAUGCCUGGUCGUGAUGUCUCUGUGCUACUUGGCGGCGGGUGGUGG